AUGGGGAUUUUCAAUCGACUGCGAAUGACAGAAACUCCUCAAGAGGUCUUCAACCGCCGUCUCUUUUGGUCUGUGGGAAUUUUCGGUGUCCUAGGAGCAGGCAGAGGAAUAGACGAGGGCCUCGUCGGCGGCAUGAUCUCACUCAAAAGCUUCAAACGCGAAUUCCCAUUAGAUGUGGGCUCUGCGUCUGAGAUCGCCAACCGCGAAUCAAAUAUCACAAGUAUGGUGCAGCUUGGAUCAAUUGGCGGUGCAUUACUAGCAUUUCUUUUGUGCGAUCGAAUUGGUCGUGUGAGAACACUCCAGGCUCUCACCAUUAUAUGGGCCCUUGGCUUUGUGAUCGUCAUUACCAGCUUUGGCAGCAUCGGACAAAUUCUCGCUGGCCGCUUGAUUGCCGGAAUUGGGGUUGGUAUGACCACAGUGGUUGGCCCAACAUAUUUAGCAGAAGUUGCUCCGAAGGAAAUUCGGGGUAUGUUGACCAAUAUCUUUGCCGGCGCUGUGUACUUUGGUGUCAUGAUUGCCUAUUUUGCGAAUUGGGGCUGCUCUGUGAAUAUCUCCGAUUCUUCUCGGUCCCAAUGGGUGAUUCCGCAAUCUGUUCAUAUCAUGUUUGCAGGGAUCAUCUUCCUUGCAUCUUGGUCCGUUCCGGAGACUCCUCGCUUCCUUUCUAUGAGAGGCAAGCAUGAGCAAGCUCUGAAAAAUCUUUGCAUACUGCGUCAACUUCCCGCCGAACAUCCAAGCAUCGUGUCUGAGAUACUUGAAGUUCGCGAUCAACUUGAGAGUGAACAAGAAAGCACACGUGGAUCCUCAUUUUGGGGGAAACUGAAGGAACUGGUCACGAUCCCAGCGAAUCGCUACCGCUUGAUGCUGGGCGUGAUGUCACAACUUCUCGGGCAAUGGUCCGGCGCAUCAGCGAUCACCAUCUAUGCAACGAGCUUUUUUGCAGCGCUUGGAAAGACCGGCCAAAGUGAAAAGCUGUUUGCCACGUGCAUCUUGGGCAUUGUAAAAUUUGUCUCCGCCUACAUUUCUGCAUUCUUCCUUAUUGACUUCCUCGGCCGUCGUCGCUCCCUUUACACGGGAAUCAUGUUGCAGGCCCUUACCAUCUGCUACAUCGCCAUUUAUCUGGCAAAGGUUCCUGCCUCAGCCCAUGUCAGCGAGGAUGGUGCGAGUGCGAUAACGGGCUCAGCUAAACGUGCAGGCAUCGGCGCAGUCGCGGCAAUCUAUCUCUCUGGCUUUGGAUGGGCAAUCGGCUGGAACUCGUUCCAAUAUCUGGUCAACGCCGAAAUUUAUCCUAGUCGGCUGCGCGCCCUUGGAUCUUCGAUUGUGAUGUGUACGCAUUUUGCAAAUCAAUUUGGUAACACCAAGGCUGUUCCAAGUAUGAUCAUCGCGAUGACCAAUUAUGGAUUUUUUGUUUUUUGCACCGCGGUCUGCGUUUUGGGCCUUCUCUGGGUUUGGUUCUUUGUUCCUGAGACGGCAGGAAGAAGUCUUGAGUCAAUGGAGACAUUGUUUGAUCUGCCUUGGCACCAGAUUGGUCGUCAUGGAAAACACCUUGCUCCCGAUGCAAUUGAUUGUUUUGAUGAGGAUGAUAAAGAGAAAGCUACUGUAGUUCAUCAGGAGUAG